CUUCAAUCCCUUUUGAGGGCCAAAUACCUUUGAUCGUGUCGGUGUCAAAGAAAAAUGAAAAAAAAAAAAAAAAUUCAAUUCAAAAUUAGUUAAUAAAUAAUGUUAGGUGGGCCUAUGAUUGGGCCGAUGGGCCUAUUGGUUUACAUUCAAGUUUCAUCAAUCGGGCUUCGAGACCCGACUGGUUGAAGCGCGGGCUGUGCACUUCUCUUCUAAUCGAUUUCACAAUCCCAUUCCAUUUCCAUGUCGAACUCUCAAACUUCAAAAUCCAUUGCGCUCCAAAAUCCCAAGAUUAGCAUUCCAUUCGAUUCCAACACACAACUGAAUUUCGUCUCUCCCUCUGAUCUUCCACUCCUACUUCUCUAGAAACUGUCGUGGUUUCAAAACCGAACAUGUCCCCAGACAAUCCCGGUGAAGACGCCGGUGUUUCUGGAUUUGAAUCCCAAGAAACGGAGCCUCACUAUGAGGUUGAAGAGCUGGAGCUUGAAGUGAAUCAAAUAGCUCAGAGGAUUCAUCACUACAGAUCCUCUCUGUCGGCUCAGCUAAAGUCCUCCUUUUCGUUACUCGAGUCCUCGAGGCCUCUCCCCAUUGGAGCCUCGCACCUGGAAACAUCUGCUUCUCGUCCGGAUCAUGAAGAUGAUGCAUAUUUCGAUCGAUUAUGCCAACCUAUUAUCGAGCAAGUAUUAACUUUUUGGACUUAUGAUGAACAAACCACCACAAGAGGUGAAGGCACAGUUCAUGAAGAGGGAUUAGAAACUGCGAAGAAGAUACAGUUGCUUGAAGAUAAAAUAUCAAGUAAUAUCAUCCUGAUCCCUACAGUUCUUAAGAGGAUGAAAGACUGUAUUUCAACUAUUGACAAUUUGGCUUCUUAUAAUGGGGUCAUUCAUCCUGCAUUCAAAAGGAAAAAAACUAGCUGAAUUUAACUCGUACCUGGCUGUUACUUUACAAGCAAUUCUCGAGGGUAGUACGGUUAUCGAGUUAGACGUGUAGUGUAUUGAUCUUUACAUUCUGUUGUCGAAAGGGCUGAUUUCUCAACCAUUUGCUUCCUGGUAUGUAACAUAACCUCCUGUCUAUAACGUUAUUGAAGACAAUAGUUUUCCAUCUGUUGCUGUAUAAAGUUCUUGAAAUAUUGAAAUAGGAAGUUUUAUGCCUAUUCCUUCAGCUUCUCUAAA